AUGGCGGAGCCACGAAUAGAUGUGGACGAUCAGGAUCAACCAUUAUCUUCGAUACAGUCGGCUGGUGGGCAGUCCCUAGUCCGCCAGCUCCUUGACAUCCAGACCGCUACUAUCGAGCAAUCGAAAUCACUUCAUUUCAUCCAAAACCUCGACUGUCUGUAUCUUGAUAAAACCCGAGACCGAAAACGCCCCCCACAAACCCGCGAUUCAGCGUCUGAAGAUGAUCGCCCUGUGUGGCUCCGCCAAAGCGGCCUGAAUGCCCUCAAAGACCUGAACUAUGUAGCUGUGUCUUGGACAUGGGGAGCUUCAGAACCAUACGAGGAUUCUACAGCCGGCCACCAUCUAGUACAACUCUCUAAUGGGAAACGCGAACCUUCUGGGGUCCGCAACCGGGUCUUCGACCGCAUACGGCGAUACCUGGAAGCCCAGUCUGGCCUGCAAUACGUAUGGAUAGAUAUGCACUGCAUCUGUCAGGAGCCGGGCCCAGAGAAGACUCGGGGUAUGCAGGCAAUGGAUAUGGUCUACAAGCUGAGCAAUCACCCCAUUGCUCUGCUAGCGCGACCGAUCGAAUCGCACGAAGAGCUUUGCCUUCUCGCAGACGUUCUCCAGGGCAAUUUUGUGUCAAAACAUGCUUCUGGAGAGUUCCGCUUAAGUUCCUUCGCAGAGAGCGCCCUGGAAAGGCUUCGUAGAGCAUUGUCCCUUCUCGACGCCAUAACCUCCGAUUUUUGGUGGACAAGAGCCUGGACUUUUCAGGAAAAUUAUCGUUGCGAUGGACAAAUGACGCUACUCAUCCCUCAUCCAGAAGAUGGUGAAAUAUUCAGGGAGAAGACAAAGAAGGAAAAAGUUUUCGGUAACGUAGUGGGCGACAUAUCGAUCUCAUCUCGAGAGUUCCAGACGGAAUCCACAAAACUAUGCCAAGCCUGCAUAAUUGCAGAGGAGGAUGGCAGCGUCUCCGGUCUGUCCGAUGUUGCCGAACGAAUUCUCAAGACAGCUCCUAAUUACGAGUUCCUAUUACGGGAGACCAUGCCCGAUGGACGAUAUUCUGCCCCCUGGUCACAGUCGCCGAGGAUCAUAAAGGAUAUCGAGUCCCGCGGCAGCAAAUUCUGCCACGACAGAUUGGCAAUAGUCGCAAAUUGCUGCCAAUACUCCAUCAGGCUAGAUGACGCCAUCUUGCGGCAAGGAUCACACAGCAUGAGUCUAUCUAUGCUCGCCCUUUACCUCUUGAACGGAGAGAUCAUGGAGAACACAUGUGAAAAGAAGGAAGAGAACCGUCUUUGGAUGAGAUGUCGGAGGCAAACAGUCGCCGACUUCGUCACGGACCAGUCCUUCGAUGACUUUUGUCCACCUCUGCUGAAGCGUCCUCUUGUCUUCAACAAUGGGUGCCGAUUCAUUGAUGUUCGGCUAACACAUGAGGGCUUGAAGACCUUUGGUCAUCUAUGGAAGCUCGGUCGUGUCAUACGGCCAGAACAUUACGUGAAGUUUUAUCCACAUGCAAAGUGCCGAAGACGACACACUCGGAGGAGUCGACGAACGCACGCCAUAGAGCGUCUUACGCAGUUGCAAUAUGCCCUCCGUGAUAUUCGCAACUAUCCUAUAGUGGAUGAGCUGAAGCGCUUUAUUGAUACCGUUUUACGACCGAUGCAAGAGGCAACUUUCUCCAAGAAUUACAUGCGGAUGAUGGCCGAGAUAGUUGUUGCGGCAAUGGAUGCGGAGAAGCCGCUGGUACUUGGCGGCCUGCUCGAUGAUCAACCGUACAGUUACUGCGGUAUUUUUGUACUAGAAGACAUGGAAGGGGAUGAAGAGCCAAAAGGGUAUGAAGAUGAUGAUGUUGUGCUAUUUGAUGACCGAAGCGACGAUUCAGGUGCAAGCUCUCACACCAAUUAUCAUCAUAUUGCUUCCGAUUCUGUGAGUGGGGGCGACUCUGAGAAAGAGUCGGAGGGCUCUUCGGAGAACAAAGACGACGAUAUAGUCAGGUACGUGUUCACUUCUUCCAAGCCGAUGAAGGAGUCUUCGGAAACACUGUACCCGAACGAUAUUGAUAAGCACGUGUCGAUUGCUGUCGCUGGAGCUAUCGCUGGAAAGAUUACAUCACAAGAGUACACGUGA